AUGGCCCCGAAAUCCCACGCUGCGAGCGGCGCCGACGAUCAGCCAAAUCCUGCGUCAUCCUCGUCAAAGGACACCCCAGAUGCAGGCACGCCAAACCCCAAGCCAGACUCCCGCAGCGACAGCCCUUCGACAGCGCAACUCGCCACCCAGGACACGCCUGAAGAUGCAUCGGGAUCAGAGCAACUGACCAAGGCCACGUCUGCCGGUGGCAACGCUCUCGCGAAAGACGCCAUGUCGGGGCCCUCGCCCUACGGCACGCGCUCGCGGAAUCGCGGCCAACCCCGGCCCAAUUACGCAGAGGACAAGGACGCAGACACGGACAUGUUUGACGCUCCCGCCGAACGGAAAGCCGAGGAGCCCAAGAAAUCAUCACGACAGUCUACCAACGGGGUCACAGAGUCGCCACGAGCCGGGGGCCCGGUUCCACGCAAGGCUGCAUCUACGGAGGACAGCAAGGGAGGCAAUGCACCUGUCUCGAGCGCGAAUCAAUCGGGAGCAGCCACUCCCGCCGCUUCGACGACGUCCACGUCGACCACAUCAAAGAAGCGCAAAGCGACUGCACAACCGUCUACAAAUGGUGCCCAGCCCUACUCGACUGCCGCAAGUGGUCAGGUUUCAGCUAGCACGCGACGAAGUGCUGCGCAGACGUCGGUGACGGGCACCCCAGGCUCCGGUUACAAGGAAACCAACAUGCUCACUUUCGACCUGUGUGGUGCAAGACCUAAAGAUGGCAAGAUGGUCGCAGAUGACGGAACUGUAAUUGAGAAGAACGACCAUGUGUACUUGGUGUGUGAGCCGCCUGGGGAGCCAUACUACUUGGGGCGCAUCAUGGAAUUCCUCCACGUGCAGAACAACAGCUCCAAACCGGUCGAUGCAUUGCGGAUCAAUUGGUAUUAUCGGCCCAAGGACAUUGGCAAAAAGGUCAACGACACAAGGCUCGUUUUUGCGACAAUGCACUCAGACGUAAGUCCUCUGACGGCGUUGCGCGGCAAGUGCCAGAUCCGUCACAAGGCCGAGAUCCCCAACAUGGACCAAUAUCGGAAAAGCCCCGACUGCUUCUGGUUCGAAAAACUCUACGAUCGCUACAUCCAGAAGAACUACGAGGUCAUCCCGUGUUCUCAGAUUGUGAACGUGCCCGAAAAGGUCAAGAAGGUGCUCGAUGAGAGAUGGAAAUAUAUCUUGGUGGAACAGGGCCGCUCCAAGGAGUUCACCAGUGCGGUCAAACUGUGCAAACGGUGUAGUGGAUACUGUGCCAACAAUGACUCCGUUGACUGUGCAGUCUGCCAGCACACCUACCAUAUGAACUGUGUACGGCCGCCUCUGGCGAAGAAGCCGUCACGUGGUUUCGCAUGGGCUUGCGCGGCCUGCAGUCGCGCACAAGAGAGGAAACUCGAAGCCCGCCACACACCCAGCCUCCUUGACCCCCACCAUGACGCCGAAGAGGAGGAGUAUUGGGACGAGGAAGAAGAGGAUCGUCAUGCCGAUACCAAUCGCACCAGCCCUGCCGAUGGGAUAGACGACACCCACCAGCCUGCAACCGCAGAGCAGAUACACCAUGCAAGUCUAUGGCCGUACCGCUACUUGGGCCAGCACUGCAAGCCCGAGGAUGCAUUGGACUACGAUGACCGCAUAUAUCCGAGGGCUGGUUCCCGCCUAGGUCCUAAACAUCAAGCACCGGUUCUGUCCUGGCCAGGUCGUCCUGUGAAGCUGGUCAAGCCACUUGAUCUCAAGAGUGCGCGCAAGGAUGCAAAAAACAACAAAGAACUUCAAGCCGCCAUAGAAGCCGAAAAACUGGCUCGAGAAACCCGUCCCAAGUGGGUUCAAGAUGAACCUCUUGGAUAUGUUGCCCGUGGGGAGGACUUUGACGACGAUGACCCCAGGAACACUGCACAGCUCCUCUGGAAACCGACCAACACCGUCGACAGCUCCAUUACCGACUCAGAUAUUGACAAGUAUAUGGACACCGCUUUGGCCCUUGCACCCACACUCGGCGUGCCUACCAGGUCCACCAAUCUCCUGGAUGUAGCGCGCGACGUAUUAUUCCAGACGAAUUUUGAUACGGUCAAAGCUCUGAAAAAGAUUCCCAAGGUAGACCGCGCCGAGUUCAAGGAACCCCAACUGUCUGCCACGGAGUUGAAAAAGUUCGAAGAGGGCGUGGCCAAAUUCGGAUCCGAGCUGUACCUUGUGAAGAGAUACGUGAAAACACUCGAUUACAGAACCGUUGUUCGGUUCUACUAUACCUGGAAGAAGACCGAGCGCGGAGUGCAGGUGUGGGGGACAUAUUCUGGAAGGAAGGGCAAGAAGGAAGCUAAGAAAAUCGAGGCUUCCGCGAGUAAAUUCCAGGACGACGUUGCCGACGACCACGAUGACUCUGCCUUCGAUGCUGACAAGGCUGUGGACCGGAAGCGGAACUUUACAUGCAAGUUUUGCAACACUAAGAACUCGCGGCAAUGGAGAAGGGCACCUCACGUUUCUUCGCCCUUGGUAUCAGAAGCGUCUGGGAAAAACAAGGACAAAGGCACGCAAUACAUUGUUGCGCUAUGUCGGCGGUGUGCGGAACUGUGGCGGAGAUAUGCGAUACAGUGGGAAGACGUGGAAGAACUCGCAAAGAAGGUUGCUUCUGCCGGUCGAACCUGGAGGCGCCGGGUUGACGAGGAACUACUCAAGGAGCUGGCAGCUGCUGAUGAAAUGAUGAGUGCCACGGUCUACAGCUCGCCCAGUCCAUCUGCACAGGCUGCCGCAUCGGUCUCCCAGCCUACCACUUCAGAUCCACCUCGGAAGAAACUCAAGGCACUUGCGGACAGGGACGCUGAGAAUAAUGCCUCAGAUUCCGGCAGUGUUUCCGGGGUUACCACCGCGAAGAAAAAGGAGAAGGCAGUCGAGAAGCCUGCGCCUCCACCGGUGCCAGAGAUCCCGAAGCCUCGCGUGCUACCUUGUGCAAUUUGCACCCAGAUGGAUCCGGCUGGCGAACAAAAUCUCCUGUCUUGCAAAGAGUGUCGACUUAGUGUACACCGCAAGUGCUACGGAGUCGUUGACAACCGUCAUCCCGGUAAAUGGAUCUGCGACAUGUGUCUCAAUGACAAAAACCCCCAAGUAUCUCUGGAAUACAAAUGCGUUUUGUGUCCCAUUGAGCAUACAGAGCACGACUUCGUUGAACCGCCGAAGAUGACGACCAACAAGAAGAAGACAGAGAAGGACAAGGAAAAGGAGCGCACCGACCGCGAAGUUGCGCAGAAAGCUGCAGAUUACUAUCGCAAGAAGCAAGAAGAUAUGAACCGGCCUAUCAAUCCGCGGGAACCCCUGAAGAGAACAGCCGACAACAACUGGGUCCAUGUCACCUGUGCCAUUUGGACUCCUGAAGUAAAGUUCGGCAGUGCCAAAGCCUUGGCUCCUUCAGAAGGCAUACCAUCGAUUCCUCGAGCGAGGUAUGAUGAAGAGUGUAAGGCUUGUAGACGGAAGGGAGGUGCGUGUGUGGCUUGCCAUCAAUGCAAGGCCUCUGUUCACGUCGAGUGUGCCCGCCAAAGUGGCCACCUUCUCGGAUUCGAGGUAACCCCUGUCAAAGGAUCUCGUCGCGAUCAGUUCAACAUUGUUUCGAUCAACGGGGAGACGGGUGUAAUGUCCGCUGCGGUAUGGUGCAAAGAACACAUCCCUACCAAGACGGUCGUUCACCGCAUGCACGACAUUGUCAACCCACUCGAGUUUGAAGGCAAAGAUUCGCCUGCUCCCAAUGCACUGCAAUUCUACGUGCAGAAUUUUAAGCAGGCAGAUCUGGCACUUACAGGCACUGUCCGCAAGGCUAAUCUCAUCGCAAUGGCAACAAAGACGCCUGUCGUCACAAUGGCACCAAGCUCUCACAGGCGCGCUUCGACCGCUGCCACCGCCACCACGAAUGGAGCCGGUGGCCCGAGAGCUUCUUCGGUCGAGAAUACAUCAGAGGGAUCAGCAGCCUCCCCACAGAGUGGAGACAAAGUAUGUAUAACUUGUGGUGUCGAUGUCAGCCCGAAGUGGUGGCCCAUCGAGAAGAGCCAGGAGAAGGCUCUUGUCAACGGACACCUAGGGAGCCUCGGGAGCGAAGCGCAGAAGUUUGUCGAGCAGAGGAAUUUCCAGUGUCACAAAUGUAAAAAGGCCAACAAGAAGCCUGUGGCCCACGUUCCGCCGCCGACCGAAGUAGCACCUCCGGUUGACCCGGUCAAGCCUGCGCCUGUGCUGGCAGCGGCCCUGAGAAGUCCCCCGUCAGCCGCGCCGGAACCUAGGGCAACUCCUACGCCAUAUUCGUCGUGGCCACCUCCGAGCCAGACAGCGGCGCCUCCUCCAGCGCCCUCUGCUGCCGUCGCUUCUGCUGUCGUCGCACCCACCUUGCAGGCGCCGUUGGCUGGACCUCCGCCUCCGCCGCUCCCUUUGAACGCUCCCCACCCCGGACCGAGCCCCAUAGCCGCACCUAUCACGCAGCCAGCGCCUCAUCACUAUCCUCCAUCGAGCGCAGCUUAUAGUGAUUGGCAUCGCAACACAACUCAACGCUCCCCACCGAUUCAUCAGAUGAACGGGGGCCCUGGAGGCCACAACGCUCUUCACCCGAAUCAUCUUCGCGAUCUCCGGCCACCGCCGAUCGCCACCAUUUCUCACCACCAGGCACCACCCCUCCAGCAUGGGCCUGUAGUGCAGCCCCUGGUGAAUGGCAUUCCUCCUUCUUCGCCUCGUCGUGCGCCUCCGGUGCAGAACGGUACAGCGCCGUAUUUGCCGUCAUACCAUCAUCCGACCCACCAUCCGCUUCAGAAUCUCACCAAUGGCGGACCCCCGCCUCGAGCUGGAGAGCGCUCUUUCUCUCAGGGGCUGCUGGGCCAACGGUCGCCCUUCUCAACUCCUCACGGCAGCCCACCCAUCUCCAGAGAAGGGCUGUCUAUGACGCGGGAACCGAGUCUGUCGGCUAAUCCGCCUGCACGGCCGAGCGAUGGUCGACCAGCUAGCGGUGCAAGCGCAAGCCCCUCGCUACGUAACCUUCUAUCAUAA